CCAGCCGACCCAAGGUUACACUGACGUUUUCUGCGCUCGAAAGGUAGGCAGUCCUCUCUCUGCACGCAGCUGCACCUCAUCACACACACUCAACAUUUCAUUCGACCGUGGUGGGACGUCUGGGUGACUUUACGGUAACAAAUGGAGACCUUCAAUCAUAAACUGAACACUUAUGUAGAGUCAUGGAUGGGCCCAAGAGAUCAGCGGGUGCGGGGAUGGCUGCUGCUCGACAACUACCCACCUACCUUUGCGCUCACAGUCAUGUACCUUCUGAUCGUGUGGUUGGGGCCCAAGUACAUGAAAAACAGGCAGCCGUACUCGUGCCGAGGCCUCCUGGUGCUCUACAAUCUGGGCCUCACGCUGCUGUCUUUCUACAUGUUCUAUGAGCUUAUGGCGGCUGCUUGGUACGGUGGAUACAACUUCUACUGCCAGGACAUUCACAGUUCACAAGAAGUGGAUACUAAAAUCGCACACGUCCUGUGGUGGUACUACUUCUCCAAGCUCAUCGAGUUCAUGGACACCUUCUUCUUCAUACUACGAAAGAACAACCACCAGAUCACCUUUCUUCACAUCUACCACCACGCCAGCAUGUUGAAUAUCUGGUGGUUUGUUAUGAACUAUGUACCCUGCGGCCACUCGUACUUCGGUGCCGCCUUAAACAGCUUCAUCCACGUUGUGAUGUAUUCAUACUACGGCCUCUCAGCCAUCCCAGCCGUGCGGCCGUACCUCUGGUGGAAGAAAUACAUCACACAGUUACAGCUGAGCCAGUUCUUUUUAACCAUGUCUCAGACCAUGUGUGCCGUCAUAUGGCCGUGUGGAUUCCCUAUGGGAUGGCUGUACUUCCAAAUAAGCUACAUCGUCACGCUCAUUUUCUUUUUCGCCAACUUCUACAUUCAGACGUACAAGAAGCACAGUGUUUCUCAAAAGAAGGAGCACCAGAACGGCUCUUCUCUACCAACAAACGGACACGCCAAUGGGACGGCGUCUUCGGAGCACACUGCGUACAAGAAGCUGAGGAUGGAUUGACAUUUGAUUGACAGCUCUCACUGUAGCGAGUUAGCCAAUGCUGCUAAGAGGUAUAUGUAUCUUCUUAGGUAGGAUAGUCUUGCACUCACUUGAGAUCAAAUAAGCCAUAGCCACAUGUAUCCAGAGACUGUCCAUGUUUUUGCACACAUUCCUACUCAUGGUAUCGUUCAUGUUCAUUAAAUCGGUAUAUUUAUGGAGAAGAGUAUUGCAGUAUGGUUGACACCGCACAAUAUUGCCUCCCCCGCCCGGCCUAUGGAGGAAAAACUCCUUCUGAAGCAAAAAAAACUCUUUCCUGCUACCAGCAAACAAACUCACAAACGCACUCAUUAAAUGACGCUUUACACACAGAAGGUCCAAAGAUGAAGCGCCUGUGUGUGUCGGCAGCUCAAGGUUUCAUCGUCCUCGACAAACUACGGGACAAAUAAAACAACUCAGUGGUCUUUACAGUCCUUAAUGUGUAACUAGAGCAUGCAUCUUGCGCCUGCUUGACCUUACAUCCUGCCUCUAGCGUUACAUAAUCCUAAAGUUUGAACUGUGUGAUGCUGUAACGUGUAUUUAUUGGCAGGUUGCGACAGCAGAAGUUUCAUUUGUUGUUGGCAGAGAAGCGUCUACAGAUUAGAACAUAUAGCCAUCUAAAGGAAGCGUAACCAAAGCUUAGUGUACUAUACUUUAAACCAGGUUAAGACACAAUGUUCAAGGGCCAUGUUGUGUAUUAUGAGCACAAUUUAAAAGCAUUUCCUUGGAACAUUUUACCCCUCAUGCAAAAAAAAAAAAAAAAAAAAAAUCUGUUGAUCUCCUUUCAAAAUGUGUUUUAUCUACUGUAGUUUUAUCCAGUAAAUGCAAAUAAAGUACUUGAAACCCUUACAUCAUAGAAAAAGGCAGUGCAACUGUUUAUAAAUAAAUAUUAGGGCUGUUAAACGAUCACAUGUUUGAAUCGCAAUUAAUCGCUGAAUUUCAAUAUUUAAUCGAGAUAAAUCACAUUUUUAAUCCCGUGUUUGAAAUUCAAUUUUUUCGCAUUUUAAAAUUAAAAUUGUUAGGCUUUUAUUUUGAAUUUGUGUACUGUCUUAAGCUGAAAGUAAUUAACCGUUUGAAUUCAACCCUGCUUUUAUUUUGAAAUAUAGUAAGGACCUUCUUGUAGAUCGAACUUUACGACACUUGACCACGGAAAAGGGAAUUGUUUGAUGUCAGGAGGUUGAAGUGACUUUGGACUCAAUGACUGAUCUGUCUGAGAUGCAGCAGUGUUGUUCUUUUCCAUCUCUGUGACUACAGGAAGUCACUGAGGAGGCUUAUCUACGGUGCGCCUAAAGGGACAAAAUAGCCUGUGAUUAUUCACAAUUAAGAAAAAGAAUGCAUUAAUUUCAGACCUUUUCUUAAUCAUGAUUAACAAGUAAAUGCUAUUGACUCUACUGAAGCCAAAAGUGGGAAUGCAUCCAUUUAUGUUUUUACUUUGUUUGCUGAUGAUAACAAGCUUUUUCUGGUUGUUUCCUGUUUCCUGAAAUUGCAAGCUUUUUAGUCUCCAGAUGAUAGGAUCCAGUGUUGUUAUCUCCAAAUAACGAGAUUAAGAAGUCUAAGAUCUCAAGAAGACGACCAGAAAUGACUCAUUAUCACGGGGAAAUGGGGGCUGCACGGUGGUGCAGUGGUUAGCAAGGUUCCUGGUUCAAAUCCCCGGCGGACAGGAGCCUCUCUGUGUGGAGUUUGCAUGUUCUCCCCCUGCAUGUUUGGGUUCUCUCCAGGUACUCUGACUUCCUCCCACAGUCCAAAGACAUGCUCGUUAGGUUAAUUGGUGACUCUAAAAUUGCCCGUAGGUGUUGCUGGUUGUCUGUCUCUAAAUGUCCGUUUUCACAUUUAAUAAUAAUAAUAAAUUAGAUUUAUAUAGCGCUUUUCUAAAUACUCAAAGACGCUUUGACGGGAAACAACAAAAAACAAAGCAAAAACUAAGAGAACAAUACAACAUAGAAGUUUUGUAAAGGGAAGAGGAUGAGAGUCAGUGGUUGUAGGCGGUGAUGAAAAUGUGAGUUUUUAGGGAUUUCUUGAAGGAAGUGAGUGUGGGGGAGUCUCUGAUGUUUUUAGGGAGAGACUUCCAGAGAGUGGGAGCGGCAAUGGAGAAGGCCCUGUCACUCCCAGGACCAAAGCUUGGUCCUGCAGGGGGGGAUAUGCAAAUAUGCAAAUAUUUAUGUACAUGUAUGCAAAUAUCUAGAUCAUUUUGGGAGGACUGCUCCAGAGAUUAUCCCGACCUGGGUAAGACGUGAUGUAAAAACACAACGUGGAAGUAGCGGACGAAGCAACAGUCCGCUACACAAUGCUAUAAUAAGAAUAUUUGCCUUUAUAUCAGUGCUACUCAUAGUCCAACAGAAUGACAACAUCAACAAAAGAGUGGAGAACAACAUACUGACGAACUGGAAACAAAAUGCAGCUGUUUAAUUACAUGCACGGACAUCGUAGUGGUCGCGUGCAGACACUCCAUGUGUAGAAUCAUCAGUCCCCCUCCUAUUGGCUCGAGGUGAAUUCUCCGGAGAAUAUCCUGCUGCGUUCUCACAUCAGCUCACUUGCUCGGACUUGCUGCGGAAAAAUACUAGGGGUCUGCCAGGAGAAACUCCGGGGGGAAGUCAAAGCGAAAAAUCUGGCUGUUUGCGUUCACACAUAUAUACAGCUCCUCCGGGAAAUAUCCAGAGUUUUUCAGGAGAUUUCUGCAAGAGUGAAAUCCCUAUGUGUCAUCUUAACGACAGCUGGGAUUAGCUCCUCCAGCCCCUGCAGCCCUGACCGGGAAAACCUGUAUAGAUAAUGGAUGGAUGGACGGGGGAAAUGGAGUGAAUACAAUCAAACGCUGCAUGUCCGCUGAGGGCUUCCGUAGUCGUUUAUGCUCAUGUGUGUUAUAUUCAGAGAAAGCUUUCUAUGCAUUUGAGAGUCAAAGCUCAUUAUUGAUCUCAGUCGCAGAAGUUCAGAAAAUAAUCUAACCUCAAGGUUCAUUUUGGUGACAAUCAGGAGCCUUUUAUUAUUUCAUGACCUUAUUAAACUUGUCAUAAACGAUCCAUAACCCCAGUUGAUCUUGUGGUUGUACACUUUGUCAGUUAAUCCAUGAUUAUUUAUUUUAGAGUCUUUACAGAAACAGGGUGCCUUCUUGGACCAGUUGAUUUACUUUGUACUCUAGCUUUUUCUUUUUUUUCAACUUGCAGAUUUAUGUUAUUCCACGUCAGACUCGUAUAUAUUUUCUGAACACUUUGAGAAAAUAUUGUGCCUGCUUUAUGUCUCUGUUUCUUGCCUACCAAAUAUGCUAAACCAUUACUUCUCGCUGACACAUUGCUACGGACGCAUAUUGCGUUCACAUGAGACAAUAAAAUCAGCUCUGUUUUCCUGAAUUAACGAGAUGCCAGCGUAUUAUUUUGGUUUGGGUUUGAAACAUGGCGAGAUACUCCUGUCUUUAGGUAACGAAGAUGGUUUUGUUUUUAGUCUGUUGACUUUGCACUAGCAACUUAGAUCUCUGCAGUUCAAACGCAAACCCCGUCCGCUCUGAUCCGUCGGGAUCAGCUGAGCCCAUAAGAGAUGUUUCACUGAUAUAAUGUGAUUCAUCUGAAAUGUGUGCAGGCUGGGACAAUAAGGCAAUUACUGAUAACACUGGAUCCCCACAGAGGCGCUGGGUUUUGGCAAGAAAAAAAAAGUGCCUUUUAACUUGUCGAGAUAAUUAUGUUUUUAAUUAAGAAAAAUAGAAAUGUUCUCUCAUGUGAAUACAAUACGCCUCCUUACAUUGCCCACCAGAUACAAAAGUGAAGAUUAUUUUAUAUCAAAGGAAAUGCACUUUUUUGCUUCCUUGCAGAGAGUAAGACGAGACGAUUUAUUCCAGUCUCAUAACUUGAUGUUGAAGGUGCACUAUGUUGAUUUUGUAGUGAAAUUUGAAAGUUGGAGAAGUGAAACAAUUCUGUGCUAUAUUUUCUGAACCAAAUACACAAACUUUACUCAAAACAAAAUGGGUCUCUGAACACUGUCUAGAGCUUAAAAGCUACCAGGAGAGUUACGGUUUCACUGUUGCGCCCCCCCCCCCCCCCCCCCCCCCCCCCCACCACCCCCACCACCAACUUCUCAUGUAGCAUUUUAUCUUCAAACAGUGUUACAGGGACCAAAUUAUCCUCUGGGGACAGUUUGUGUUUAGAGUUAUGAACAUACACCACAGAAUAUGUACAUUUCUCCAACUUUCACAAAAACUCCAUUAGCCAGCCAUUAGCCGCUUAGCUUAGCUUAGCUUAGCUUAGCAAAAAGAUUGGAAACUGGGUUGAGCAGCUAGCCUUGCUCUGUUCAAAGGUGACAAAAUCCAACAACAUAAAUCUCCAAAGUUCUCUUUUGAUCAUGUUUGAUUUAAGCCUGGCUAGCUAUGUCCUCUUUUUUUUCCAGCUUUAUGCUAAGCUAAGUCAACCAGGAGUUAGCUAUACCUUCAUAUUUAGCAUGCCAAUAAAAGAUGCUAUCAGUCUAGUCACGUCGGUCUCCUGAAGAAAGAAGCUUUAUUUUUCCAAAACAGUGAAGUAUUCUUUAUUUUCAAGAAACAGAUUAGACUGUUUAUCCUUUUAACAAAAUGACACGUGAAAGCAACAACAACAAAAUGUUACACGAGAUUUAUUUGUUCGGUUUCUGGUGGAGAAAAGAAAGGCGGUUGUAGCAAACCGUGUUUCCUGAUGUGAUUUUAUUAACGUCUUUGUCGGGGGCUUACGCCGUAAACGCUGGUCUAAAACGCCGAGUUUGAGCGACGAGCUGUGGAGCGCCGCAGCGCCGUGCUGAUUCAGUUUAAUGAGCGACUGCGAGGCCUUACCCACUGAAUGAGCAAAAACACGCAGCUCAAACGUAAAGGUGACCUAGUUUCAAAUCCACUGUAUUAGAAAAUAUUGUUAAAUCUGAAUAAUACAUGCAAAGGUCACUUUCUCUCUGCAUGAUGAAUUUGGUCCACUGAAUAUCUGCUAACACAUGCAUGAAGCAUAUCUACUGAGACGCUGAAUAACGACUGUUUCUAGCUACAUGCUUGUCCUGUCACUGCUCCUCGUGUGUACAAGGUGAUCGUGCCGAAGAUAACGAUGUUUGUGUUUCAGGGCAGGAUAAGUAUUUCAAUACAGCCUAUUUGCUAAAGGCCAAGGAAGCAUACAUGUAUGUGAGGAUAUAUUACAUACCAUUUAUAAACUGUUAAAAUAGAUGUAUAUUUUCAGAAAUCUUGGGGUGAAUCUGGGUUAACAUGUUGUGACUCGUGCUUUACUCGCUGUGACACAUUAAAGACAAACUGAGAAUGUGAA